CGGAAGCGCCUUCUCUCUUUCUCAUUCAGUCGGCGGCUUCGUGGCAGCGCCUGGGCUCGAGAUCAGGAGAGAAAAGGAUGGCGCUGAGUCUGACCGUGUCCAGCAGCCCGAGUCCUCCACUGGCCGUAUUGUGGACUGUGCAACAUCUAAAAGGGAAAGUAGAGGUUAAUGUGGAGGACGGAAAAGAGACUGCCCUGCGAGUGUCAGAACACGUCUCUUUUACUGAUGCGAACUCCAUCAUCAGGUACCUGGCCCGACUUGCUCCCCAGGCUGGAUUACUAGGUUCAAAUCUAAUGGAGCAGACAGAGAUCAAUCACUGGGUGGAGUUCAGUCAGACUCGGCUGCUCGAAAAGUCCACCUUCUCUGCCGCCCUCCAGGAGCUGAACCAUUCCCUGUCUCUGCGGACGUACCUGGUGGGAGAUGCUUUGACCCUCGCAGACAUCAGCGUCUUCUCCACUUUGGCAGUUAGCGCUUCAUGGCAGGAGCAGAUGAAGCAGAACAAAGCUGCGGUCAAUGUCAGACGCUGGUACACCUUCCUGGAGCCUGCAGUCCCGUUCCAGGGAAAGCUAAAUGCAACACUGCCUCCUGAGAAGAAACAGGAUAUAGGAAAGUUUGUGGAGCUCCCAGGGGCAGAGGUGGGAAAAGUGGUUGUAAGGUUCCCUCCAGAGGCCAGCGGAUACCUACACAUCGGACAUGCCAAGGCCGCUCUUCUCAAUCAGCAUUACCAGGUGACCUUCAAAGGGAAGCUCAUCAUGAGGUUCGAUGACACCAACCCAGAGAAAGAAAAGGAAGAUUUUGAAAAGGUUAUUCUGGAAGACGUCUCAUUGCUUCAGAUCAAGCCCGACCAGUUCACGUACACAUCUGAUCACUUUAAUAAGAUUAUCGAAUAUGCUGAGAAACUCAUUCGAGAGGGAAAGGCUUAUGUGGACGAUACCCCCGCCGAGCAGAUGAAGGCAGAGCGCGAGCAGAGGACCGUGUCCAAGCACAGGAACAACA